UGUAUGUAUAUACUUAUCGCGGGAGCAUGGUUUUAUUAUGAUUUUUGAGCACCAGGUGGCCGCGUUUUUGUUGUCGAUUUGUCGGCGGCGCGACACGGCUGCUCCAGCGCCAUUACAUCGAUAAAUGUCACUACAGUCGUCCGCAUAAACGCCGCCGUCGAGCGUCAAACACCGAUCAGUGCCGAGAAAGACUCGUGUUGCUUUCUUCCCGACGAGAGAGAGAGAGAGAGAGAAAGAUUGAGAGUGAGAAGGAGAGAGACGAGCGAGACCGCGCGUCAACGUCUCGGCAGAACGCCGCGCGUAGACAAGAACGAUGUCAACCAAGCGGAAAAACACGGGCGGCAAGAAGAAUCGUGCCAAGUCGCGCAAGGUCGAGUACGACGACGAGGAUAUUUCCAGCGAGCACAACUCGGAAGUCGACGACGCCGAGGCCGGCUCCAACGCCGACGGCGAGGACGCCGCCGAGGAUGCGCUCACGGACGUUUCGGAUAUGCCUGAGCUACCGGCACCGGAGGGUGGCUGGGGUAAGCCUGGAACGUUGCUCAUGUGUGGCCUUACUAAUUGGGAAAUGGCUGGUCGUAAAGCACCACCUAAAGGGAUAAAGGCAAAUGUAGGACGUAGCCUAUGGACGCCGCACACCUUUAAAAAUUUGAAUAAUGCGAGAGUACGUUUGAUUGCAUCCGGACCUGCUGCGUCCCACAGUAUUAUCAUUACAGAGGAUAAUAGAUGCCUGGUUUUUGGUAAAAAUGACAAAGGUCAGUUGGGUGUCGGUGAUUCGAAGCGUCGUGAUGAGCCCACCGAGGUCGAAGCCUUGAAAGGACACACAGUCAUAGGGGCAUCGUGCGGUCGCAAUCAUACUCUAUUUUUAACGAGCCGAGGUAUAGUUUUCGCUGCUGGCGACAAUAAAUUGGGCCAAUGCGGAGUCGGAAAAUCCGAUGCCUGUAUCGUCACUGCCACCAAAGUAAAGUAUUCAGGGCCGCCGAUAGUGAAGGUAGGAUGCGGUGCUGAGUUCUCCAUGAUCUUGGACAUCAAGGGUGGCCUGUACUCGUUCGGAUGUCCGGAGUACGGUGCUCUAGGUCACAACACCGAUGGCAAGUACUUUAUCACGAACACGAAAAUGGCAUUUCACUACGAGAAAGUGCCGAAAAGGAUCGUUUUGUACGUCGAGAGGACCAAGGACGGUCAUGUGACACCGUUGGAUCGUGUCGAGAUAACAGACUUCAGCUGCGGUCACUACCACACUGUUGCGAUCGACAGCAAGAGCCGCGCGUUCUCCUGGGGAUUUGGCGGAGUCGGUCGUCUCGGGCAUAACGAGCAGCGCGACGAGCUGGUGCCGCGUCUGAUCAAGUUUUUAGAGCCGCCCAGCCGUGGUGUCAGAGCGGUGCACUGCGGCAGCACGUAUAGCAUCGCGAUCAACGUGCACGGCUUUGCUUUGAUGUUCGGCCAGACGAAGCGCACGGGCGAAGCCAACAUGUACCCCAAGCCCAUUCAGGAUCUGUCCGGCUGGGAGAUUCGUUGCGUCGGUUGUUCACAGACAAGCGUUGUGGUCGCGGCCGAUGAUUCCGUUAUUGCUUGGGGCGCCAGUCCAACGUUUGGAGAAUUGGGUUUUGGUGAAAUGCGAAAGUCGUCGACAACCCCAAUGGAGGUGAAAGCUUUAGAAGGUUUAUACAUUACUGCCGUCACGUGUGGUCUGUCUCAUACGCUUAUGAUCUGCCGAGACGAUACCGAGGAGGAAAGAGCGAAGAUUAAUAAGCUACAAGUGUACUCCGUGUAAUGUACGGCAAGAGAUAUUCUUCGAUUGUGUAAAACGAGUUUCCAUUACGUCACUUGCAGAUGAUUGAGUCGGAAAAAGAAAGAAAACAAGAAGAAAGAAACGUCGUCGGCGAGCCACAGCUACGUUUUGACAAAUUGAAAUGAACGGUCCGAGAACGAUAACGAUAGACCGCCACAAAAGAGUCCAGGAGAGACAUAGGCUAUUAUUCUACUUUGUACUUCCAGUUUUUACUUAACGCGCGAAUGAAAGUCGAUCUGUGUAUCAUUUGAAAAACCCAUUCUGUUCAGCAGCUCAGGAUAUAGACCAAACAAGAUAGAUGCAAAAAUAUAUUUUGAUACGUUGCUAUUUUAUUGAAGUUCGCUGUAACUUUCACCAGAAUGAAAAUAGUUGUUCAUACAGAGAAGCUGGAGGAGCCGGAAAGAGAACGUUGUAGAAUUUAGCAAUAACUGCCCUUAUUUUUAUUGCUUUACAUAAUCAAUUUACAUAUUCAGAUAGUUUAUCCAUUGAUUCAUCACAGUAGUACCUGAAUCAUUACAUCUGCAGAAAUCGUUUUGAUAGUGCGCGUACAGGGUCGAUCUCUGUACAAGAGCAAUACGAGUGAGUCAUCCAAGUGGAUAAUAUUUUUAACGAUUAUAUGUGAAUUAAAUCUCAAUAUGUGUUUUAUUUCGAAAUUUGAUAGGAGAUGAUUUAAUCAUUAUAUUAAUCUAUUGAUUGUGAAACAUUAGUUUGGUCGAGUACAACAUGGUAAAACAAAAUAACGUGUCUAAGUAUUUCUUGAAUUAAAGUUACAACUCCGAUCACUGCCAGGAUGUAUUAUAAACAUCUUUUUAUUGUGAUGUCAGACAUUCAUUCCAUUCCGUUCCAUAUAAUACUCUCGUGCGAUUUCUGCACUGAAAUAUUAUUCUGAUGGAGGAAACUUGCGACAAAUGUACAAGUCCAAAUAUGAAAUAAACGAAUUUUUUAUGAA